UAAACAAAAGAGAAACAUUAGAUUAAAUGCUCCAGGCUCUGCCGCCUGUGUUGCGGACAGCCUCCACCCGUCUGUCAUUUUAUUUUUAUGUUUUUCCGCGUCACAUCCCCUUGGCCAGAGGAAUGUGGCUUUAAAAAUAGCAUCCUCUCCUCUGACAGCGCUGCUCCGGAGGCUCCGCUGCACUGUGGUGCGAGAAGCAGGAAUGCGAAGAUGGCUACAGACCUGGGAGAGCUGCUGGUCCCUUACAUGCCCACCAUCAGGGUCCCCAGAACAGGAGACAGGGUUUUCAAGAGCGAGUGUGCCUUUUCUUUCGACUCUCCCGAGUCUGAGGGAGGCCUUUAUGUGUGCAUGAACACAUUUCUGGGUUUUGGACGAGAACAUGUGGAGAGACACUAUCGCAAAACAGGACAGAGUGUUUAUAUGCAUCUCAAACGGCACGUCAAAGAGAAAGCCACUGGAGCUGCGGGAGGUGCGAUCCCCAGACGAAGAAAUGGAAAAGUGUUUCUUGAUUUAGAGCUAAACCGUGAUUUUAAUGGAGAGGACUAUGAGUAUGAGGAUGAGGCCAAGCUCGUCAUUUUUCCAGACCACUUCGAGAUCCCCUUACCAAAUAUUGAAGAGCUGCCUGCUCUGGUGACCAUUGCCUGUGACGCAGUGCUCAACGCACCAUCAGCUUACAAGAAACAGGAGCCGGAGUCCUGGGAGGAGGAGAUCCAGGUGUCCAGACACGCCAGGAGCCUCAGACAGCUGGAUAAUGGGGUUAGGAUCCCACCCAGUGGCUGGAAGUGUCAGAAAUGUGAGAUGAGGGAAAACCUGUGGCUGAACCUGACGGACGGAGCAGUGCUCUGUGGGAAGUGGUUCUUUGAUGGAAGUGGAGGCAAUGGCCACGCUCUUGAGCACUACCGAGAGACAAACCACCCACUGGCUGUCAAACUGGACACCAUCACCCCGGAUGGAGCAGAUGUCUAUUCAUUUGAAGAGGAGGAAGCUGUUUUGGACCCCCACAUAUCAGAGCACUUGUCACAUUUCGGAAUAGACAUGCUACAGAUGCAGAAAAGAACAGAGAAUGGACACCACAUAGACAAUAACUCCAGGCCGCGGGUCAGUGAGUGGGAGGUGAUACAGGAGUCUGGCAUGAAGCUGAAGGCAGUGUUUGGUUCGGGUUACACAGGCAUCAAAAACCUGGGAAACAGUUGCUACCUUGGCACAGUACUGCAGGUUCUCUUCAGCAUCCCAGACUUCCAGAGGAUGUAUGUGGGUAAUCUUCAGAGGAUAUUUGACUAUUCACCUCUUGACCCCACCCAGGACUUCGCCACACAAAUGGCUAAACUGGGACAUGGACUGCUCUCAGGCCUGUACUCCAAACCACCCAUGAAAUCUGAGCUCAUUGAACAGGUGAUGAAAGAAGAAUACAAGGUAUUAAACUGGCACCAGCAGAAGGGCAUCUCUCCCCGGAUGCUGAAGUCUCUGGUCAGCAGAGGCCACCCAGAGUUUUCCUCAAACAGACAACAGGAUGCCCAUGAGUUCCUGCUGCACUUCAUCAACCUGGUGGAGAGGAACAGUGCAGGCUCAGAAAACCCAAGUGAUGUUUUCCGCUUCCUGGUGGAAGAGCGAGUCCAGUGCUGCCAGAGUCGCCGGGUUCGUUACACUCAGCGGGUGGACUACUGCAUCCAGCUGCCAGCUCCCUUCGAGGCAGCCACCAAUCGAGAGGAGUUGCUGACAUAUGAGGCCAAACGAAAGGAAGCUGAGGAGAACAUGCGGGCUCCUCCAGAACCAGUGAGAGCGAAAAUUCCCUUCACUGCUUGUCUGCAGGCCUUCACCGAGCCGGAAAACGUCCCCGACUUCUGGAGCUCAGCGCUGCAGGCCAAGUCAGCUGGAGUCAAAACAUCCCGCUUUGCCUCGUUCCCAGAGUAUCUGAUUUUACAGAUCAAGAAAUUCACAUUUGGGAUUGAUUGGGUGCCGAAGAAACUAGAUGUGACCAUAGAUGUCCCCGAAUUUCUGGAUUUGAACCGACUCAGAGCCACAGGCCUGCAGGCAGGUGAAGAGGAGCUUCCGGAUCUCAUGCCGCCCAUCGUCUUACCUGAAGACACCAGAGAUAACUCCAUGAGCUCCAUAGACUCUCCAGAAAUAGACGAGGCGGCGGUGAUGCAGCUGGCAGAGAUGGGUUUUCCGCUGGAGGCCUGCAGGAAAGCGGUGUAUUACACAGGCAACAUGGGUCCUGAGAUGGCCUUCAACUGGAUCAUAGCCCACAUGGAGGAGCCCGACUUUGCAGAACCUCUCACUCUGCCCUCCAUGAUCCCAGAUCUCGGUCCCUCCACCAGUGACAGCCCCAUGGGUGCCACCCCGCUGGGCAAUUCUCCCCCCGAGGAGAGCAUCGCCAUCCUGACUUCAAUGGGCUUCCCCCGCACUCACAGCAUCCAGGCGCUGAAAGCCACGAACAAUAAUCUAGAACGGGCACUCGACUGGAUCUUCACCCACCCAGAAGAAGAGGAGAGCGAUGUCCUCUCAGACAUGGCAGACACUGAACCGAAUGAUAACGCCUUCUCCAACGCGAACUCACACAGCGACUCCACGUUGUCUCCAGACAGAGACAUGGCAGGCCCUCGAAUCAAAGACGGACCAGGACGAUAUGAACUGUUUGCUUUCAUCAGCCACAUGGGAGCCUCCACAAUGUCUGGACAUUAUGUUUGUCACAUCAAAAAAGAGGGAAGGUGGGUGAUCUACAACGACCACAAAGUGUGCUUGUCGGAAAGGCCUCCAAAAGACUUGGGAUACAUCUACUUUUACCAUCGACUGUCUAGCAGUUAAAGUGAAAUAACUGCCACCCCCCACCCCCCUCCACCACCAUGCAACCUUUAAAUAACCGCAGUCUUUCAGCCAGAAGAUUGGCGGACAACUGUAAUAACAGCCACGGUGGAAACGAUGGAAAUAACCUCUCAGACCAGCUGCUCGCCUUAUCGUGAUGUCAUUCAGGAGCCACCAGGAACUCUGGUCAGAAAGGGAAAGCAAUGUGCUUUUUGUGUAUUCAGUUUAUGUUUUGCUUUAAAUGUAUAUUUCAGUGUUAAUGUGGAAAGAGAAAGAUAAAGAAGACUUUUUUUUUGACAGUGUAGAUACAGAGGGACAUGUGCAAUUUUUACGUCCGGAGUGCUUUAUGCACACGAUGCUCUCACAUAUCGGAUCUCAUUGUUCCUCCUCUCUGCCUUCGGCGUCUAUGCCGCAUGUUCAAAGUGGCACAAUUUAUACAUGUAGAAGAAAAAUGGCAGAAUUUCACUGCCCUUCUCUGAACCUGCAAAUAACAAACAAGAAAUUACCGUGUUGUUGGUGGAUGUGCAUUCUACUCGGAAAUACAAAGAAUGUCUUCAUCUCUGGGAAAUGGAGAGGGCAUCCAGUAAAAACAGAACAAAAAGUUUAGUUACAGAGUUUCAUGCAUAAAGUACGCACGGUUCCAGAAUGAAAAAGAACACCUGUGAGGGAAUGCAUGGAUGUUGACUCAUCUGCCUUUAACUACAUAGAGAAGUCACUCACAGUGCUCCUCGUUUUCCAUAUUUACAGCCUUAUUCAAAGAUCACAUGUAUAUACAUACGUCUUCAAGACACCCAAAGCCAAGCUUGGAGGCAACGUGUUCUGAUUAUUUUUCAGAUGUUUCUUGAACUUGAUUGGAGCUAUAAAUUCAGAUGAUUGGACAUAGUUUAAAAAGGCACAAACCUGACUAUAGGUCCCACUGUUGCCACAUCAGCCUUCAUCCGCAGACACUACGUUAAAAAUAUCAGAGACCUCAGCCACAGGGAUGAGUUAAGGAUAAGAUAACAUAAAAACUUCUCCAAUAUCGAAGGCCUUGAUGACCCUAUUUGCGUCCAUUAUCCAUGAAUGCAAGGAGAUUUAAACCAACAGGACUCGUCUGCACCUUCAGGGCGAAGCGCCUUAGGAAAGUGAUCAGUCUGACAGAGCCCCAGCAAUCCUCUGUUUAGAGACGAGAAAACUUCCAGGAGGUCCUGCAGACAGUUAGAAACUAAAUUCUCUGGAAACACUUUUUAAUGCAUAAUCCAUUCAUUAGUUUGAAGAUACCUUAAUGUUGGAGGAUUUAAUGCUAAAACUGAAGGAAAUCUGGCACCACACAACACUUGAAUAAUUGCAUUCUUAUUCUGUAGCAUGGCGGAGGCAGCGUCGUUCUUUGGGGAUGGUUUUCUGCAGCAGGAGCUGGGAGGGUCUUGAGAGAGACGAUUUGGGCAAUGUACAGAGAUAUCAUUGUUGAAAACCAGCUCCAGGGUGCUCUUGACCACAGGACUUGGGAGAAGGUUCAUCCUCCAACAGCUAACAACUGUAAGCGCACAGCCAAGAUAACAAAAGAAAGACUAUAGUCAACACUGUGGCUUUGUGCCAGAGUCCAGACCUCAGCUUGAUUUAAUGUCUGGAAGAGAACUGAAAAUAGCUGUGUACGUUUCCCAUCCAUCCUUGAGAGUAAAUGCAAAGAGCAGACAAAACAGAUACAUUUGUGCCAAGUAAUGUCAUACCUGAAAAGAUGAAGCUUUGCUGCCAAACAUAUUUCAAGAAGGCAUUGUAAAAAAAAAAACAAAACAAAACAAAACAAAAAACACUUUUACUAUGGUAAUAUUGGAUAUUGUGUGUCGAAAGUUGACUGAAAAAAACAUUUAAUGAAGAUUGUAAUAAGGCUGUAGCGAGCAUAACAGAAUGUAGUGCUAUGAAUUAUAUUUAGAUGGACUCUACAUAUCGUCACCAAGGGAAACUGACACCAUACUGUCCAAUUCACAUAUAGAGAAUAGUUUGUUGUGUGCUUGUCAAUAAUAAUAAAAAAGAACACAAUUCACUGCACCCCAUGCACUGGCUGAAUUUUCAAGAUAGUUAUGUUUCCCUCCCUGGAAACACUUUUUCAUAGCGAUUGGUUUCAUGCACUGGAGAGAGAUUUUAAAUGUUAAAUGCACAGGAAUGAUGGGCUCAGUGUCCGACCAUUGGGAAAUCGAACCUGGGACUAAUUGCUGACAGCAUUUGUGCUCAAGUGGUCCACCCUAUAACAGGCUGCCAAGCACUUUUUCACUAAACUAAAAUAACCGUUUGCACCAAAAGUGGAUUUUGUAUUCCACAAGUACAAGAAACUGAAUGUCUUGUCUUUAGUUUAGAUGUCGAUACCACUGCACCCAUUCUUAUGUUAAAAACUAAUGACAGUGUUUCAUUGACUCGCUGUAUGUGUUGCAUUGGUUUUUGCCAAAAUAUGCACACUAGGUAAGACGUUAACUCGGCUGCACCUGCUUCCGUUUGGUUCCUUUAUCACUUUGACAGAUUGAGACCAUGACCCAAACAGUAAAAUGAAUGUAACCUAUGGCUUUUCCUACCACUUUUACCGGUCGGUGAUAUCAUGCAUACAUUAGAGCUCUUUUCAGCAAUACAGUCACAACCAAAAUUCACUCUUUAGACCUGCUGUGUGCUGUAUGCUGAAGGCUGCGUAGUGACCUGGAUCGCCUCUGAAAUGUACAUAAUAACAAAGUGCAGUACUGAAUGUAUAACUUUAUGGUGCUUUCUGCGAAAACAAACCUUUCUUCAGCUUUAACACUAACAAUAAAUUUCCAUAACCUCACGCUGGAUCACUCACCAGCCCUGUAUCUUCCUCAUCUAGUUUAUGAUGUGUAUGAAUGAUUCACCAUCAGUAAUAUGUGCUUGUUUCUCAGAUGAUUCAAUGUCAAAUGCUUUUCAACAACGUGGAACUGGACUUGAAACUGGUUUUGUUUGUUGCCUGUCUCUCAGUGUACCAAGGUGAUGACAAAGGACACUGUAUCUCAGCUCUGAUAAAAUAAUGUUGGGAUGAGAUUGUCUUUCAUUCAGUAAUGCACUUUUAGGGGAUUUUUUAAAGAGGAGUUCUGUUGAAUUUUUUUUUCCUGUUGUUUAGUUGAGGUAAAAAUCAAUUUAAAAUUUGCAUUUGAACAGUUUUUUGCUUUUCUUAAGAGAGCAAAAAUAACGUGAAACUGUGAGAGUUAAUCUGGAAAUGUAUGUUGUCAAGGAAUAAUUAUCAGUAAUGUCAGUGAAGGUUCUUAAACUGUCUUGCCAUCGAAGCUCAUGUCUUUACUGGUAAAAGUACUAUUGGGUGAUUCCUAAUUUUACAGAAAAAGUACAAAUUUCAACAGUGCUCCUCUUCAAAUAAACUGUGCCUCAACUUUUCUCAGCAAAUAUUAUGUUAACAAACCUCAACCUCUCAAUCUUACUUGAUGGAAUCUUACCUGCUGCGGUGUUUUUUUGUCUAUGCACAAGGGGAAUUAUACCAGUCUCUAUGCAAGUCUUGUGCUUCUGCUCCUCAUCCUGGCUUCAUGAGAAUAAGUUGCUUAAUCAGGGCUCAUCAACGAAUAUGUUAAGAUGUUUUGUGCAAUUCUUUAGUUUUAGUUUUGCUUUAUUUCCUUGCACUUUUUGUCCUGGUCAUCCUGCAAAUGGUCCUGUCCUGGUUUUGUAUUUCUGUCCCGUUGUUCAGCUUUCCCUCCAGCUUGGUCUCUUCCAUUCUUCUUCUCUUCGUUGAUAAAACGUAAUGGUUCAAUUUGUCACAAAGAGGCUUUUCUCAAUGUCAGCAUGUACACUAGACAUUUAGUCAUUUGGAUUAUUUGUACUUUUGUGAGUUUUGUUCUCUUUUAUUUUCAUCGAAUUGUCUAAAAGGUAAAUCACCUGUUUUUACUUUUCUGCCUUUUUGCAAAAAAGUUUGUGCCAAUUAUGUAGUUUUCAUUACAUAGUUAUCCUGAUUGGAUUCUUUUAAGUUGACUUUUGUAAUGAAUGCAGUCAUCCAAAUAUGGCUUAGGUGUUUGUGAAUAGACAUGGCAUUGCAGUAUACACAGUGGCACUGUUUACGUUCGAUGUUUGGAUAAUUUAAUAAACUACAUCUUUGUUGAGA